CGCGGGCCGGCCGGGCUGUGCACCUGCGCCUCGGCGGUCCGCCUGGGGCAUCAUCCCCGGCCCGCCUGGCCCCGCCAUGGCCAGGCCGCAGAAGACUCCGGCACGCAGUCCCGACAGCAUCGUCGAGGUGAAGAGCAAAUUUGAUGCCGAGUUCCGACGCUUCGCGCUGCCCCGCGCUUCGGUGAGCGGCUUCCAAGAGUUCUCUCGGUUGCUGCGUGCGGUACACCAGAUCCCGGGCCUGGACGUGCUGCUUGGCUAUACGGAUGCUCACGGCAACCUACUGCCCCUCACCAACGACGACAGCCUGCACCGGGCCCUGGCCAGUGGGCCCCCGCCGCUGCGCCUGCUAGUGCAGAAGCGGGCAGAAGCUGAUUCCAGUGGCCUGGCCUUUGCCUCCAACUCUCUGCAGCGGCGCAAGAAAGGGCUCCUACUUCGGCCAGUGGCACCCCUGCGCACGCGGCCACCCCUGCUAAUCAGCCUGCCACAAGAUUUCCGCCAGGUUUCUUCAGUCAUAGAUGUGGACCUACUGCCUGAGACCCACCGACGGGUGCGGCUGCAUAAGCAUGGUUCCGACUGCCCCCUGGGUUUCUACAUCCGAGAUGGCAUGAGUGUGCGCGUAGCUCCCCAGGGCCUGGAACGGGUUCCAGGCAUCUUCAUCUCCCGCCUGGUACGAGGGGGCCUGGCUGAGAGUACAGGGCUGCUGGCAGUCAGUGAUGAGAUCCUCGAGGUCAAUGGCAUUGAGGUAGCUGGGAAGACCUUGGACCAAGUGACGGACAUGAUGGUCGCGAACAGCCACAACCUCAUUGUCACUGUCAAGCCAGCUAAUCAGCGCAAUAAUGUGGUGCGUGGAGCAUCUGGGUGUCUGACAGGGCCUCCUUCUGCUGGGCCUGGGCCUGCUGAGCCUGAUAGCGACGAUGACAGCAGUGAUCUGAUCAUUGAGAACCGCGAGCCUCCCUGUUCCAACGGGCUGUCUCAGGGGCCUCCAUGCUGGGACCUGCGCCCAAGCCGCCUACUUCCUGAUGCCCGCAGCUCUCUGCCCUCCCUGGAUGAUCAGGAGCAGGCCAGCUCUGGCUGGGGGAGUAGCAUUCAAGGAGGUGGUAGUGGCUUCAGCCUCUGACAGGCAAAGAUGCAGCCCCUUGCCCUUCCAGGCAGCUGGGACAUGGCAGGGACUUCCCCAGUGGGGUUUUUUAGCUUGCUCAUGGGGCCCUCUCAGUCUGGGGAACAUUAAAGGUUUUCUAC